UUCCCCCACACACCAGCUGCUAAAAGGAAGUUCUGGGCGUCACUAAGGGCUACAAUAUGUGACAUCUACACCGGCAGGUGUCCAAAAACAGGAAGGAACUAGGGGGACGCCUAGCAGGUUGGGGGUGCAGCGCCGGCCUGGCCCCUAAAGUGAUGAACCUGCCAUUACGUCAGGCAGGAUUUCUGGACCAGUCUCAAAAAUGAAUCACUCAGAUUUGCCGUGACGGAGUCUUCUGUAACCAGACGGAUAUUACAAAACCUCCCAGCUUUCGAUUUUGAGAUCACUUCAGAUCAUUCAGGACCCGGCAGAUUCAGCUUUACAGAUUUUUUAAAGUUCCAUCUGGGACCCUGAUGCAGAGAGAGGCGGACAUGGCGCAGUCCCUGAGUCCAUCCCCCUUCAUUAUUGACAUCUCGCCCAGAGUCCUGGACGAUCUCUGCCGCUGUCUGGACAGCCUGAGUGACUGGGAGUGGAUGCGGCUCGUGUCACAUAUCCUGAACGACCAGACUACCAUUCAGCGCUUUUACAUGAGGCGGCGAUCAGGGGAUUACAUCACCCGGGAGCUGCUCUGGAGCUGGGGACAGAAGCUGGCCACCGUCCAGGACCUGGAGGUCGUUCUGAAGAUGCUGGAGCUCUACCGGGCAUUAGAAAUUCUCCACCAGAACCCCUGUAAUCUGGUGAAAUCCCCUGUGACUGAGGAAAGUCAUGCAGAGCCACGUAUUUCUGAAGGAGCGAAAAGAAACGGCGGGAAUUGCAACGGUAUUACAGAAUUCAAUUCACAGACACUUCCUUUACCACCACAACCCCCAUCAGAACUGCUGAGCUCCCUAUGGACCGACUCGUAUUCUGACCACGUAUCCAGCACAGAUCAGGUGUUAACUGUCCCUCAGCAGGAGAUCAGUUUGUCCCUGUCCACCAUGUGUCAGCAGUGGACGGUGCAGCAGCUGGAGGACGCUACAGACAGAUUCAGUAUGAACAGGAAGAUACACAGCGGACGAUUUGCUGAUGUCUUUUUAGGACGGAAAGGAGACAAUGUCUAUGCAAUAAAGAGGCUGAAGGAGGGGCACACGGAGCAGUCGGAUACGACAGAUUCCUCCUACGAGAAAGAAGCACAGAUAGGUUUUCGAUGUCAUCACCCCAAUCUGCUGAAGCUGCUCGGCUUCUGUGUGGAGAGCGGACGCCAUUACCUCGUCUACCGCUUCAUGAAGGAGGGAUCUCUGGAUGUUGCUUUACAGGCUGCACCUUGUGUUCUGGGCUGGGAGCGGAGACUGUCUAUCGCUGCGAGUCUGUUACAAGGUGUCGGACACUUGCACGAGGCCGGGAUUUUUCAUGGUAACAUUAAGAGUUCCAAUGUCUUUUUGGACGAGCAUUUCACUGUAAAGUUGGGCCAUGCCGGGGCUCGAUUCUGUCCUGAUCGAUCAGCAAAUUACACUAACGUGAAAACGUACGAGCUGCAGAGAUUCCAGCCUUACCUGCCGGACAGCUACCUGCGGAGCGGCCAGCUGACCGCCCAGACCGACGUCUUCUCCUGCGGUGUAGUUUUAGCAGAACUUCUGACAGGACUGAAGCCCGUUGACAAGGAGCGGGACCCCAGCUACCUGAAAGAUCUGAUCCUGACGGAGGUGGAGCAGGUGAAAUUAAAAUCGGAGUCCGUCGGUGACAGAGCGGGGUCUGUGGAUCUUCUGUGCGCAGGAGAAAUCGGACAGAAAUACGCGGAUCCAAGACUGGAGAGACUGGGAAGACGUCCCGCCAUACACUGGGCUUCUGCCGUCUGCCUGUGCCUGACCAAGAAGAGGACGUCAUUAUCGGAGGUAAUGACAAUGAUGGAGAAGGCUCAGGAGUCGUUCACAGCCUGCGCUCCGGAAUCCCCGCAGGAGAUGUCCAGCGUGAACGUCCCGGAGGAAAGCGAUGAAUCCUUGUCCAUAGGCUACAUCCAAGGAGAUGCAGCAGAGCCGCCCAGCGGUACCGCCAAGGCUGCCUGGCCCAGGAGCGGAACGUCGGUACCAGAGAGCCCAUACUGCCCGGCGCAACACGGAGUCUCCAAAGGGAGUCCGUGUGAACUGGACGAGUCUGGAAGCUUCGACUUCUGUCCUGCAGACGGAUGGUCCGAGACCGAGCAAACCUCAUCUGCUGCAAGGCCGGGCAACUCGCGUACCCCAGAAAGGAACUGCCCCCCAACAGAGAGUAACGAGACGUCGUGGGUAAUUGAAAUAAAUGAAGCAAAACUGAAGCUGAUGGAGGAUCUUGAGCUGUACGCUGAGGAGAAGGUGGACAGCGCGGUUCUCUUUGACUCGGCCUGAGUAUACGGUCGCCUGCGUACACUGGAGACGGACAUUUUCAGGGUUCUAUAAUAUUUCCGGUGAUUCCUUCAGUGUUUGCACGUUUCGGACGCACCACACAUUACUACCUCUGCAGAGACUACCUCCACGUCAGCCAUGUUCUGGGCAUGAGCGCACAUACAGGAGCGGUGCUGCCGGGUCACUGGAUGAGCACUUGAUUGUCCCUCACCCAUCAUUACAAGGAAAGGAGACGGCAGUGACCCCCGGGGCAGACCCUCCUGAUCCUUGUGUGCUUCUGCUGGGGUCACCGUAGAGAAGAGGGGCUCUAUGCAGAUUUAAAGGGGUUGUUUGAAAUUAGAAAAACAUGGCUACUUCCAGGAACAGCGCACUCUUGUCCCCGGGCCAUGUCUGGUAUUGCAGGUCAGCACCAAUCAUAUAACUGGACGAGCGCGGUGCUAUUUCUCCAAUAGAAUGGCCAUGGUUUAAAAUUGAGGUUUGGGGCCAGCCCGAUCUUGGACUCCUUCUCCGUGGGCCUCAUCCCAGCACAGGAGGUGCAAUCUCCCUCUUGGAUUUUAGCUUUACAACCAGCAAUGAACAGACUUGGCGUUUGGCAAACAGCAUUACGGUUUUUAUAAAUAUAAUUGAUAUAAGGAUGUAUAGAAGGAGCGGUUUUAUAAAUUGUGUAAAAUAAAAGUAUCAGACA